AUGGCAUCGACGUCUGGCUCUGUGCCCGCCUCAGCCGCGGCUGCUGCUGCGCUGGUACAUGCCUUGGAUACAGAGUCUUCGUUUGCCGAUAUCGCAUGGUACGCUGAUGUGCAAUUGGCGAUGCAGCAAGCGGCGCUAGCCAACGACAGCGGCGUCCUGCAAGCGCUGGAAAAGCGCAUGACGACGCUGCUCACCACGUCAGUCGCACACAAUGAGACGCAUGCUGCCUGGUCUCAUGCAGCAACACUGAUGCAGAUGUACAUGGAUCAAUGUGGCUGGAGCAUUGUGGAAGCACAUGGCAGUGUGUGGGUCGCACGCGUGCAUGCGCAUUUGGAGCAUACCGCCACAGCGCCUGCUUCGUCGGCUGUCCUCGCGUCGCUCGCACCGCUUGUGCGUGUGGUAACCCACGGAAUGAUGGGCAUAGAGAGUAUGGCGCAUCCUGAGUACCACCGCACCGUGGUCAGCCCCUUUAUUAGCAAGAUGGGGCAUGCGAUGCUCAGUGUCGUCGAGGCUGCAUGGGCAGCAUGGGGUGUGCAUAUGCCUGAGACGGCUGCGAGCGCUCUUGCCGAACUUCUCUCGUGCGUGCGAGAGCAGCUGGCAUGCACACCUACGACGUACCGCCCUCACGUGGGGAAAAUACAUACACUGUGUAUGCAUAUGCUAUUUGGCUCGUAUGCGGCGAGCGAGGCGGCGCCGCGUGACGUCCCGGCGGCUCUUCGAGCCAGUGCGACGCGUCUCCUGGCGCAGCUUCCGAUCACAGGUAGUGCAAGCAGCUCGAUGGAGCCAACGGCGAGCAGCGGCAAAGUCUCGCAGGCGCAACUGUGGGCCGCCACGAUGACGGAGCUGCUGGAGGCGCUGACCCUCUCGAUUAUGGGCUGUGCACCGUCUCUAGAUUGGCGUGCCAUGGGCAUCGAAGCUGUCCAGGGACGUACGCCGCCCUUGGCGUGGGAGGUGGCAUCGAACGAUUACACGGUCGGCAUUCCGCUCAGCUGGGCGCGUAGUCGGCUGCUGCUGGCCCCUGGCUGCAUUGUGCAGAUGUACAUGACGCAGCCGACGAAGCGCUCUGUGCCUGUGCCGCUAGCGCGGUGUGUGCAUUUAGCACGUGUGCUGUGCUCUGUGCGUACAUCAGCGACGACUGUGCCUAGGGAGCAGCAGCGCUUAGAGGCUCAGAGUAUCGUUCAGCUCCGUCGAUGGGGUCUACACUGGCUCACCUGCCUUGUUGAGACGUUUCAGCAGGCGACGUGGCGAUACGUGUACGAUAUGGAUCUUGUCUCGGUCCUAUGUGAGCAGGCCGAGCAGGCGUGCCCCGACGAACGGUACGAGGUUCUGCAAACGCUACAUUCACUCUGUGCAUCGCGGACCACUGUACCUUUGCCCCUGGAUCCGGCCAGUACGUACGUGCAGCGUAUGGCGAGUCUGUGCACCCAGGAACUACGUGCGUUUCUCGUGCAAACGCCUAUGGCGUGGCGUGUGCACGUCCCUCUGAAACGCGCUCGCGUAUUUGAAAGCGAUGCAGUGCUCCAUGCGGAGCGAGUGCCUCAAGAUGCGAUUCUGGUGAAGAGCGAUACAGAGCGCCUCUGUGUAGCGAUGGCCGCAUCUCUGCUAGCGGCGCUGCUCCCGAUGCUGGUAUCGAAUGCGGCGCCAGGCCAUCGUGAUGCUGCGCGCCUGGGAUUGCUGGCAUUGGUCGGCGUGACUGAGGCAUGGAUAGCCGCGCGGUUGGUCGAUGGGCAAUCAGCGUCGUCCAUGCAGGCGCUGCAGACGUGUAUCGCAUCCCUGACACAGUGCAUGGUCGAGGCACAUGGCGCGUUGAUCCCGCAUACGCUCCCGCGUGUGUACGCCAUGAUGCAACGUGGCCGAGCGCUCUCGCUCCCAUGGAUCCAAGCGGCGUGUGAUGAGAGUCUGACACGUCUUCGUCUUCUUCUUCGGCCACGUGUGCCCCCGCUGGUCGACGUGGUCGACUCCAGUGCGCUGGAAGAACGUGUGGAUGUCUUGGAUGCCCAGGACACGGUCCCCCUGCGUCUGGCCGGAUGGCGUGGCACGCAGACAGCGCGGGAGGAGUAUGCACAGCUACGACUGCCCUCGCCCUCGCCACCGCCGUUGGGCGUAGCAGCAGAGCCUGCGUCAGAGCCUGCCAGCGUGCAAGCCUCAAGGGAGGAAGGGGCUACGCCCGACGUGGCGCCGCCUCGGCCUGCGCAGGCUGUCGCCCCACCACGGCCUGUUGUGAUGCCGCCGUCGCUGCCGCCGCCGCCUGCCAGCGUGCCUGCGCCCCGCGCAAUGUCCAGCGAGCGUGUGGACGCUGAGGUGGAGAGGGCGGUGCCUGCGUUGGACAUGGAGGCUUCGGACGAGGAAGCGUUGCCUACGUUGCAUAUGGAGGCCUCGGACGAGGAGGAGGAUCCUAUGUAA